AUGAUCAUAGAUCUUUCUGCAGUUCCACAAUCCUAUGUGCCCUAUCUCGGAGAUGGAGUCCCCGUGGAAGAGGAUCUUACCGCCAAGUCAGGCUCUUCUACGCCACGAUGUGAAAAUUGCACCGUUCACGCCGGCUUUCUAAAGUCAUGGAUUAAUGCCCGGUCCGUUAUUUUGCCCCACCUACUCGAAGCGAGAGAUAAGCAUCCCGACUAUGAAGUGACUCUGGUGGGGCAUUCUCUCGGAGGUGCUGUGGCAGCGCUAGCGGGUCUAGAAAUGCGCCUCAGAGGUUGGAACCCGGAAGUUACCACAUUCGGAGAGCCGAUGGUCGGCAACGCCAAGUUUGCGGAUUUUCUUGAUUCUCAAUUCGAACUAGGACACCACACCAAGCCCACAGCGAACCCUGAGGCCCGGCGAUUCCGAAGGGUCACUCAUGUCGAUGACCCGGUACCUCUUCUUCCACUCCGAGAGUGGGGCUAUGCGCCCCAUUCAGGGGAGAUAUACAUUUUGAGUCCGGAUCUAUCUCCUACAGUCGAAGAUGUUCAUCUUUGUGUUGGUAAUGAGGACCCUCAAUGCAUUGCAGGGACAGAUGUAGCCUCCACACUCAGCAGCAUGCUUCCGGAUGUUAAUAUUCCCCUUGAUAUUCUCAACCCACACCCGGAUCCCUGCUCUGAACCCGAGAAUGUACGUGAUAUUCAUCAUGGCGAGCAGUUUUUGCUAGCGACGCAGAAGCCUGCAAAUUGUGCAUCUCGUGAUGAGACCAGAGCGUUAUACGCUCGCCGAUGGAAUUGGUCCAUGAUCCCAGCGAGGUAUCGUCUUUGGGAGCUAUUCUAUGCGCACCGUGACUAUUUUUGGCGUAUUGGACUGUGUGUGCCUGGCGGAGAUCCGACCGGAUAG